AUGUCACUGCUGUCUGACACUAUCUUUGCAGGCGGCAGCACUCGACUGCACGUAAGAGGAGGACAAAAUGGCCCGAAAUCCUUGAAGAAGAGCAAGAGUCACGCCGGGUUCCUUGGUCCCCUCGCACACCUCGUCAGGAACCCCGUAGGCAGUCUCGUGGGAAUAUUAGGCGACAACAAUGUCCCUGAACAGGGGGUUGGUACAGCGGAAGACGCCCGCCGCCAGGUUCUGUACCUGCGCAUGAAAGACGCCGAGACCUACGACGAAUGGAAAGCCGCUGCCACUGAGCUCGACAUCUUAGAGGGCAAUGAGGCCUGGAAAGACGAAGAUGAGACGCUCGAGUACAACGCCGACCUCGUCGCCGCUCGCCUAAAUGAAUUGGACGACGCGCGUAUGAGUUGCGACGUCAAAAGGAUGUUGUUCCUGAUUAGAACCACCCUCACCCGCGGCUUGGGCGACAUGGGUGAUCUGCGCCUGUACAAGCAUUCGCAUAUCGGCACCAAACGGCUGAUUGAGAGGUACAUUGAGUCAGCACAACAAACUUUGGCUGCCUUGUUGAGCGUGUCAGAAAAGCAAGGAGACCAGUGUUCUGUCGAGCCACGACGACUGGUCGACCAGCUCCUGCAGACACGUCAAUCCUUCGGCCGAAGUGCAUUGCUUCUGUCGGGAGGUGGCACUUUGGGCAUGAACCACAUUGGCGUUGUCAAGGCCCUGUGGGAAGCCCGUCUCCUUCCACGCAUCAUUUCUGGAGCAUCUGCUGGAAGCAUCGUCUGUGCUGUGCUUUGCACCAAGACGGACGCAGAGAUACCAGAUGUCAUGCACGAAUUCUGCUAUGGUGAUCUGAAUGUGUUUGAAGACCCAAACCAACCUGAUGGUCUUCUAGGCAUGGCGAUGCGUUUGAUGAAGUCUGGUGUUCUUUUCGAUAUCUCGCAUCUAACCAGAGUCAUGAGAGGCUUGCUCGGAGACAUGACUUUUCAGGAGGCAUACAAUCGGACCCGUCGCAUCUUGAACAUACCGGUUUCAACAUCCUCGCUCUAUGAGCUGCCCAGGCUGUUGAAUUAUAUUACGGCGCCGAACGUCAUGAUUUGGUCGGCUGUCUGUACCUCUUGCUCGGUCCCAUUGAUCUACAAGAAAGCCUCUCUUAUCGCCAAAGACCCCAAGACUGGUCUGGAAGUUCCUUGGGACCCCAAUCCUGACGCCACUUGGAUCGACGGCUCGGUUGACAAUGACCUGCCAAUGACACGUCUGUCAGAAAUGUUCAAUGUCAACCACUUCAUUGUCUCUCAAGUUAAUCCACAUGUCGUUCCUUUUCUGGAGAAGGAGGAGGGGCUAGUUCCUAUCGAGGCUCAACAAGAAAUUGACGUUGGUCCUAGCUGGCUAAGCCUUUCCGCCAGUCUGUGUAAAGGAGAAGCCAUGCAUCGCCUGCAGCAGAUGGCAGAUACUGGGGUUUUUCCAAACCUUGCCACCAAAGUCAAAUCGGUCCUUAGCCAGCGGUAUUCUGGAGACAUUAAUAUCUUUCCCAAGAUCCACUAUGCCGACUUUCCUAGGGUGCUGAGCAACCCGACAACCGAGUACAUGAUUGGAUGUAUGCUAACUGGGCAACGUGCUACUUGGCCGAAGCUUUCACGCAUACAGAACCACGUCGCCAUUGAGCUUGCUUUGGACGAUACAAUACAGCAAUUGAAGGGGCGACUUGUUUUCCCCUCCACACCCACCGAACCCCAGAUCAGACGCACAAAUUCUCAAGACACUAACAUUUCCCAAAGAAAGCGAGCGAGGUCGACACACAAGUCAACGCGCUUCCAACUGAGGACGAGCCCUCCCAGCCCAGUACUUAGAAAGUCAGCACCUACUACACCAUUCCUUUCUCGCGCGCAGUUGAAAGCAUCACUGCAGCCUUUAUCCGCCUCGAAAAAGAUUAAUGACGCAACCCGUCGCCAAACUCACGGCCUAAAUAUUGAUGCGAUACAAUUGGAACCAGCAUCGUCAACCAACGACACUUCUGACCAAGACUAUUUUGCAGACCCCGACUCAGACCUCACAGAUGGCAUCUCAUCACCUUCCCCACCCACGUCACCCAAUUUCCAAGGCCCAACCCUAUGGCCGUCGACACCCCAAGCCGUAAUGCGACCUGCCCCGCAACCGGUAUCACAACCUAUAUCAUCACCACCUGCCAAUACAAGCCCACUUCGCCGCCGCACAGACACAUUGUUCCAUCUCACCAUGACAUCAGCGACCUCGCAGUCCACAGCGGGCAACGCACCAAGCUCGCCCGAACUACGCUACAAGCGCCUAUUCCAUCCUCCCGGCCCAGCUACCCCCGACGUCAGUGUUGGUCCGCCGCAGCUUGAGCAAGAAUUUGUCUGGCCGACACCUUCACCGGGGCCCAGCCGCCCGGGCAGUAGACGCAACAGUGCAUCUGGCUUGCCACUUGAUUACUCGGGUACAAGGGGUAUGCUGAUGCGGAAGAAGAGUUGCAUGUAA